GAUCGGUUUUGUUUUCUAUUCAGUAUCACCUUAAUCAUUCUCAAGUCAACACCUGCCGUAAAACCCUCUCGUUGAAAAACGAUAAGUGCUCAUCUAUUCUACAAUAUGGGUUAUCUAGCAAGAAGUCAUCUUACAUGUCUGAUAGUCUCAGUAACGAUCAUGUAUGUUGCAUCGACAGUGAGGGCGUGCACAUCCUGUCCUCAUGAUUGCUUGAUAGCUUACUACCCGUUUGAGGGAGACGCUGACGAUAGUUCUGGUAACAACCGCAACGGAGCUACGACUGGUGCCGUUACAUACACGACUGGAAAAUGCGGUCAAGCCGCGUCCUUUGAUGGUGCUUCUAAGAUUGACGUUCAGGCGUUGAACAACUUCGCAUGGGGCACUGAAUUCAGUGUGAGUGUGUGGUUCAAACGAACCGGCCAGUGGGGCAACUACCAAGGCAUCGUCAAUAAUGGCUACUACACCACAGGAAGCUGGGAGAUCAGGAUGGGCAGGGAGAACAGCGGUCAGAUGCUGGGCGGUGGUGUCAUUACUACCGCUGCCGGCACUACGUGGGACUACAGUAACCUUGUGGCCCAGCAGAACACGUGGAAUCACGUGACUAUGACGUAUGACGGAUCAACCUUGAAGUACUAUCUUAAUGGUGUCCUUCAGACAGCAAACAACCCCAACUGCUGCACCGGUCCCAUUCUUACCCGUAACACGCCGGUCACUAUUGGUCAAGCAGGUCAAGGGAAAUCUAACGAAUACUUCUAUGGCCUGAUUGAUGAGGUCAAGAUCUACAGCCGAGUGCUCAGCGCCGCUGAGGUUCAGAAUAUGAAAAACCAUCCUUGUCUGUAGAAUGCAUUGGGUUAACCGGAUCUUGACGUAUUUGAAAGAAUACAAUGUUUUUCGUUAUUAUUCAUAGCCGAGUUAUUGGUUUAGGGCCUUAACAAUUUAUCUACUUCUGAUGAUCAUCAUUCAAUAAAUUGAAAAGAAAG